AUGCAUUAUCGACAGCUUCUGUCCGCAACCAUUUGCGCGCUGUUGGCAACCUGCAAUGCGGUCGGCGCAACACAUACCUCGAAUUGGGCAGUCCUGGUCAGCACAUCGCGAUUCUGGUUCAACUACCGUCAUCUAGCAAACACCUUGAGCUUGUAUCGAACUGUCAAGCGUCUCGGAAUUCCGGACAGCCAGAUCAUCCUUAUGCUGCCAGAUGACAUGGCAUGCAAUCCACGGAACGCGUUUCCUGGGAGUGUCUUCAAUGACAAAAGCCGGCAGUUGGAUGUGUACGACGACAAGGGGACGAGCGAGAACUUGGCUGGAAUGGGCGGUAUAGAGGUGGAUUACCGAGGAAACGAAGUCACUGUAGAGAACUUCAUACGACUCCUGACAGAUCGCUGGCCUGCUUCACAUCCUACAUCAAAACGACUCAUGACCGAUGACCGAUCGAAUAUCCUUAUUUACAUGACUGGUCAUGGCGGCAACGAAUUUUUGAAAUUUCAGGAUGCUGAGGAGAUCAGCUCUUUCGACUUGGCAGACGCCUUUGCGCAAAUGUGGGAGAAGAAACGAUAUCACGAGCUGCUGUUCAUGAUUGAUACCUGUCAGGCAAACACCAUGUACACAGCUUUCUAUACGCCAAACAUCAUCGCCACCGGGAGCAGCGCGAAGGACCAGAGCAGCUACAGUCACCACGCGGAUCAGGAUGUAGGCGUGGCCGUAAUCGACCGAUGGACCUAUUACAACCUCGAAUUUCUCGAAACAAAACUGAACAGCACUUCUGCGGAUGUUCGACUAGGCGAGCUCUUCGAUUUCUACACUUUCGAUCGAGUGCACAGUGAUGCCGGAAUUCGCUACGACCUCUUUCCUGGUGGUGAACAGGCAGCGCGAGACAGACGCGUGCUGGACUUCUUCGGCAGCGUACAGAGUGUCGAAGUGGACACGUCGCAGAGCGAAAGUGAUUGGAAGGAAGAUCUGAAGGCUCUAGGACGAAUUCUGGAGAGGCAAGAGGCGGAAAUGGAGGAAUCGAAUGACACGACAAUUGUUGAGGAGAAACCCCGAUGGAAAACCAAACGGCGUGCAUCUGAAGCUCCCCUGCUCGACAUGGCUCAGCACAAGGAUGACUUUAUACAGAAGAUCAUUGGGCUUGUCUCGCUGGUCAUGCUCGCCGUAGCUUGGCUGGCUUCCACUCGAUUAGGAAGAAGUCCUUGA